AUGGCUUCGGAUUUUGACCCCUAUACCCAGAAUGUCACCUUCCAUAGUGUCGCCGGAAAUCUCUUUGAGGUGAACGUGCAGGACAUUGACAUGUAUAUGCAGUAUGGCAUCCGGAUCUGUAUCAACUACGGCGCCCAGCUUGGAGCAUCGAUCAUCCUGUUUGUGAUUCUCCUGCUUCUGACCAGACCCGAGAAGCGUCGCUCCUGCGUCUUCAUCCUCAACUGCUGCGCGCUGCUCUUCAACGUCGGCCAGCUUGUCUGCCAGGUCCUGUACUUCACCUCUCCCUUCAUGCGAGUCUACUCCUACUUUGCCGGGGAUUUCUCCCAGGUGCCCCUUUCUGCAUACAUAAACUCCGUCACUGCAACGGUCUUCACCACCCUCCUGAUGAUCAGCAUCGAGACCUCUCUCGUCCUGCAGGUCCAGGUCGUCUGCGCCAACUUCCGCCGUCGGUACCGCCACAUCCUCCUCACCAUAUCCUUGGCCAUUGCAACCAUCCCCGUUGGAUUCCGCAUGGCACUGAUGGUUGAAAAUGACAUCCUCAUCAUGGGAGCACAACCCAGCUUAAGCACCAUGGCACUCCAAAGCAACGAGAACAUCACCGUCACCACCAGCAUCUGCUUCUUCUGCGCCAUCUUCAUCGCAAAGCUAGGCUACGCCAUUCGACAGCGCAGAAAGCUGGGCGUGCGGGACUUUGGACCCAUGAAAGUAAUCUUUAUCAUGGGCUGCCAGACCUUGGUCAUCCCAGCCUUCCUAUCAAUCCUUCAAUACAUCCUGGUUGUCCCUGCACUCUCAUCCAACGUUAUUACCAUCGUCACUAUUUCCCUCCCUCUAUCUUCCAUCUGGGCCGGUGUCACCCUAGACAACCCGCACGAUCGUUCCGGCUCUGCCUCCUCCCCCCGUCGAAACCUCUGGAACAUGCUUUCAUUCUCCAACUUCCUGGAUACCAGACAGACUAGCUCCACGACUCACAGCAUGAAGCCCGCAGUCUCCUGCUACGCGGAUCGGACUCAACCCAAGCUGGAGCGCGACAACAAUGCGUACGGCAUCUCCGUUGAGCAUGAUAUCUCCGUGCACAGUGUCAGACAGGAGAAGGAUAUCGUUUGAAUUGAACUUUGAUCCUGUACUGUACUUCUAGCUGGCAAGAUUGACCAAUCGUCACUGACGUACCAUUACGUGGGUAGUUUAAUUGUCUUCUUCCUCUCCUCAAAUUUCUUUUUUGAUUGUUCUUCUAGCUCUCCUCCAGGGGAUUUGACUUUUCUUUCUUUUUUGCCCCGGGCUUGUCACCAUGUGUUUCUGCAUUGGCGGCUGACUGCCUUCGUUUAUUGUUGCUGUUGCUUUUUGCUUUCCGUUUCGUUUCUUGGCCAGGGGAUGUGCCUCGAUGUACUAUAGCUUUUAUUAAAGGCAGG